CCCGCCGCCCCCGGAUCCCGGACGAGAAGGAGCCGCCAGGCGGCCGCGGGCGGGCGGCAGGGCCUGGGACGCGCACCGAGCGGAGCGCCGCGGGGCUAGGCGGCGGAGUUCCCCCGCGGGGGAGGCGCGCCGGGCGGGGACGGGGUCCGAGAGCCCCGGGCGCGGCCGGCGCGCCAGGAGGUCCGGCGGCGAGCGUGACCUCACGGGGAGGGGCCAGCGCGGCGGCCGGGGCGCGGAGCCGAGCGCCGAGAGCGCAGCGCGGGAGCCGAGGGGCCGGGAGCCGAGCGGCCCGGAGCGCACGCCGCGGCCCCGAUGGAGCGGUACAAAGCACAGGGGUGUUGCUGUCUGGUGGUACAGAGAAGGAUCCUGCAGGUUUCUGCUUCCCUGGAGCAGCUGUUGACAGAGCUGGAUGACUUCCUCAAGAUUCUUGACCAGGAGAACCUAAGCAGCACAGCUGUGGUGAAGAAGAGCAGCCUGGCUGAGCUCCUCCGGGUCUACACCAAGAGCAGCAGUUCUGAUGAGGAGUACAUUUAUAUGAACAAAGUGACCGUCAACAAGCAGCAGAAUGCGGGGUCCCAAGACAAAGCACCCGAGGAGCAGAACCUACUGGCCAACGGGGAGCCUGGCCAGCACUCUCUGGCCCCACAGAAGAGUCUUCCAGACCUCCCGCCACCCAAGAUCAUUCCAGAGCGGAAACAGCUCUCUAUCCCAAAGAUCGAGUCUCCAGAGGGUUACUAUGAAGAGGCUGAGCCGUACGAUGCAUCCCUCAAUGGUCACUCUGGCGGCUUUUCCCCCACUGGAGUCCCCAGAUGGGUGCAGGUGCCUGAGGGAGUCAUUUACGCCACGAUCACCUUGGAGGAUGGAGAGGCGGUGAGCAGCUCCUACGAGUCCUAUGAUGAAGAGGAAAACAGCAAGGGCAAGUCGGCCCCCUACCAGUGGCCCUCGCCUGAGGCCAGCAUCGAGCUGAUGCGUGACGCCCGCAUUUGUGCCUUCCUGUGGCGUAAGAAGUGGCUGGGGCAGUGGGCCAAGCAGCUCUGCGUCAUCAAGGACACCAGGCUCCUGUGCUACAAAUCCUCCAAGGACCACAGCCCGCAGCUGGACGUGAACUUGCUGGGCAGCAGCGUCAUCCACAAGGAGAAGCAAGUGCGGAAGAAGGAGCACAAGCUGAAGAUCACGCCCAUGAACGCCGACGUGAUCGUGCUAGGCCUGCAGAGCAGGGACCAAGCGGAGCAGUGGCUCAGGGUCAUCCAGGAGGUGAGUGGCCUGCCUUUAGAAGGAGCGUCCGACGGAAACCAGUACAGCCCAGAUGUCCAGCGCCUGAACUGUCAGAAGUUAGAUAUAACGGAGAAGUACCUGUCAGCCCCGGAAUACGGAAGCUCCAUAGAAGGCCACACUGAGGUCCCAGAGGCCAAAGAUGUCAAAAAGAAGUCUUCUCCCGGCCUGAAGCUGAGCAACCUAAUGAAUCUGGGCAGGAAGAAAUCUACCUCGCUGGAGCCUCCAGACAGGUCCCUCGAGACAUCCAGUUACCUAAACGUGCUGGUGAACAGCCAGUGGAAGUCACGCUGGUGCUCUGUCAGGGACGGUCACAUGCAUUUCUACCAGGACCGGAACCGGAGCAAGGUGGCCCAGCAGCCCCUCAGCCUGGUGGGCUGUGAGGUGGUCCCAGACCCAAGCCCUGACCACCUAUACUCCUUCCGCAUCCUCCACCGUGGCGAGGAGGUGGCCAAGCUGGAGGCCAAGUCUUCUGAGGAAAUGGGCCACUGGCUGGGCCUCCUGCUCUCUGAGUCAGGCUCUAAGACAGACCCGGAAGAAUUCACCUAUGACUACGUGGACGCCGACAGGGUGUCCUGUAUCGUGAGUGCGGCCAAAACCUCUCUGCUACUGAUGCAGAGAAAGUUCUCAGAGCCGAACACUUACAUCGACGGCCUGCCCAGACAGGACCGUCAGGAGAUGUUGUACGAUGACGUGGAGACGUCAGAGCUGACGGCUGUGGCGGAAAUGCCAGAGGAAGCUGCCCCUGGGACAGAUGCUCUGAGCGAGUCCCCUCCCGACCGAGUCUACCUGGACCUCACACCUGUCAAGUCCUUUCUGCACAGUUCCAGUGGUGCACAGUCUCGGGCCCAGUCCCCACCGCCACCCCAGCCGGACCCUCCUGCCAAGACUCUCCCUGCAGACCCGGGCCCUGCCCCCGAUGAGCCCCUGGUAGAGUCUCCAGAGAACCCCGAGCUGCAGCAGACUCUGCGGCAGGAGAGUCCAGAGCCCGAGGAGACUUCCCGGAGAACCACGACAGUCAAAAUCCAGACUGAGCAGCAGAAAAUCUCCUUCCCGUCGAGCUGCCCCGACACGGCGGCCGUCACCCCAACCGGAGCCAGCCCACCUAUGAAGGAGAGGUUGAGGGUGGCCAGUGCAGAGAUCAAACUUGGCAAGAAUAGGACAGAGGCGGAGGUGAAGCGGUACACAGAGGAAAAGGAGAGGCUGGAGAAGAAGAAAGAAGAAAUCCGGGGGCACCUAGCUCAGCUCCGGAAAGAGAAACGGGAGCUGAGAGAGACCAUGUUAACAUGCACAGACAAGGGCGCCCUGGCCAGCCUGGAGCAGAGGCUGAAGGAGAUCGACGAGGAGUGCCGGGUCGAGGAGAGAAGGCGUGUGGAUCUUGAGCUCAACAUCGUGGAGGUGAAGGACAACCUGAAGAAGGCGGAAGCCGGGCCUGUGACGCUGGGCACCACUGUGGACACCACACACUUGGAGAACGUGAGCCCUCGGCCCAAAGCCGCCACCCCCACCCCCGCCCCAGACUGUACCCCCGUCAACUCGGCAACAGCCCUCAAGAACAGGCCUCUUUCGGUCAUGGUCACGGGCAAAGGCACUGUCCUCCAGAAAGCCAAGGAAUGGGAGAAGAAAGGAACAAGUUAGGAGACAAGCUUCAUCUAAAGACUCUCCUGCCAUCACGGACCUUGGUGACAAUCCUACUUCAUUAAAGUCUUCAUGAAAGCAGCGACUCUGUCAAGAGGCGAGUCUGCUCUGAAGGAGAAGGAAGGACUGUGGUCCUCUGGGCGGAGAGCGUGGCUCAGAGGAGGCUCUGUCCGUUUUCAGAGCCAAAGGAAAUAA